AUGGCCACGAUUCCUUUCCCCAGGCCAGCGCGCAAAUUAGUUGCUGGCCCAAAUACCAGCCGCGUCGCCGCAGCCCAAAACCCUAUCUCCCUUCCACCGGCCGGCCGCAACCGCCGUCCCAGCCGCGCGGCCAAGCAGGCCGGCCGCCAAACCGUCAUCCCUAGCCGCGCUCCCAAGCCGGCCGGCCCCCAACGUCGUCCCCAGCCGCGCGCCCAACCCUUCAGAAGCCGGGCCGGCCUCCGGCUUGGCAUCGCCUCCGUCCGCCGCGCUCUCACCUCCAUCCCCAUCCCCUCCCCAUCCUCCUCUGACUCCUCCGACGACGGCUCCUCCGGCUCCCGCCGCCGCGGCCACCACGACGCCCACGCCACCACCGCCUCCUCAUCCACCUCCGUAUCCGAUGCCGCUGCCCACCCGUCGCCACCAGCCCCCGCCUACGACGUCACCAAGUCCAUGCUUUGCUCCCAGUAUGCCGCGCAGACGCCCAAGCGGAGCCAGCAGCUGGAGAUCGAGGUCGCGGCGGAGAAACCGCGCCGCCUCAUCACGGCCGACAGCGGCGGCAGAGGCGAUGCCAAGCCGGAGGCCACCCCGGCUUCUGAAGGGUUCGGUAGAGGGGACAAGGGGCCCAGGUUCGCUGACCUCGGCGGGAUGGAGGCGGUGAUCGAGGAACUCAUGAUGGAGGUGGUCAUGCCCAUGUGCCAUCCGGAGAUACCGCAUCGCCUUGGCGUUAGGCCUAUCGCGGGGCUACUGCUGCACGGACUGCCCGGCUGUGGAAAGACCACCCUUGCCCAUGCCAUUGAUAAUGUGACUGGCGUGCUGUUCUACAAGAUCUCUGCACCGGAAGUCGUAUCUGGGGUGUCUGGUAUGUUCUCUGAUUCCUGGCAUCAUAAUAAUCGGGGAUAA